UCUCGAAAGAACCAUAAAUUCAAAAUUCAAAAUUGUAGCGAUUGUUGAGCAGAUCUUGGCACAAACGACCUCUGCGACGACUUCUCUCCUCUGCUUGACAUAUAUCGGAUUCAGCAUGAGUUCACAUAAGAAACUCAUAAUCACCUGCAUUUCCGCUUCUAAUCUUCGAGUCAAGGGUGUUUCAGAUAUGCACGCGUACGCAAAAGUUUCAGUAGGGAAACAAAAGAAGAAAACAACAACUGACAAGGAGGAUGGAACAGACCCGGCCUGGGACAGACCCAUGAGUUUCACCAUUAAAAAGCGGGAGGUGGAUCCAGGAGUGACGCCGGUUUUCAUCAAGUUAUACUCCAAACGUUGCUGCGGAAGGGACAAGUACAUUGGUAAGGCGGAGACAUCUGUGCAUGAACUAUUCAAUGGCAAGGAGGAGAACGGCCACGGCAGGGACAGGUAUGAAUUAACGUUGAGAAAGAAGGAUUCCGACACGGGAAUGCUACAUUUAUCAUGCACGUUUGAGGAUAUUAAAACUGUCUGCGGAUGUUGCUGUUCCGGAUGUUGCUGUUUGAUGAGACUAGUUUGCUUAGCAGCAAAUGCGAUUUGCCACUUUAAAUUUUGUUGUUUGCUUGUGUUAUGUGUGUGAGUGAGAGAGGGAUUUAAUUUUGAUAAAGAUUUCACUACAAUAAUAUUUGUGUUUUGUUACAAAAUAUUAGGUAGGAAUUUAUUUGUGUACCAAAAAGUAACCUAUUUAGGAGGAAAUACAAAUGUGUAGAAAAUAUAUAUAUAAAUUAAGCUUUUCAUACAAAAUUUAAGUUUGUAAGGGGAUCCUUUCCUUCUCUCGAGCAGGCGUGUCUGUGUUCGAGUCACUCUUUUU